UUUGAGAGACAUUUAAAUAAUAGAGCUGCACAUCAUCCUGUUGCCUCUAGAGGGAAAUCCUAACUCACAGUUUAGGAGAAAACACUUCCACCUUGUUUACACCACCUAACAAACCCUAAAUCUCAAGUCUUAGUUUUGCAUUUUAUUAUCUUCAGGUUUUUAAAUGUGAAGAUUUUUAAGCUGUACAUUGAGCAUGUGAAGCCCUCUGGUCUCAGUCUCCCUCCUCAGGAGCUUACUGGCUUCACAGAAAAUCCCUCUAUCAAGACCAGGCUGAAGCCUCACUGCAGGAUUACAGCUUGAGGAAGAUUUAGAGACUCAAACAAGUUGCACACUUCCUCACUGAGAGCACUCUGCAGGUGGUAAAGUAAAUAAAAGGAGGAACCUAUGGACGAAGCACCGGAUCCUGACUGAAUGAUCUGCUCAUCUGGGGAGACUGAUGGGAACUGGAGGACCUGCUACCACGGUGCGACUAAAGCUUUCUGUUGGAGGCAGGAGGAAGGUAUGUCCAUGUUUUGCGAAUGGGACAGGUGAGCCGGAACCAAAUGUAUAGUUCAGAGAUGAACCACAGGCCUUCAGCGAUGGCUCCGCCGUCUCUGGGCCAGAGCCCGCCGCCGUCCUCCCGGACGACCCCGAAGAAGACCACCUUCCAGGUUCUGGGGUCAUCCGGGAUGUUCUCCCCGUCACGGGCCAAACGGGAAACCAAGCGGACCUCCAGCCCCGUCAACUCGCCCACCCACUCCAUCAUGAGCUCGCCCAAACUUUGGCAGAAAGCGUCCGUCUCCAGACUGGCUGAGGAGUUCUUCUGGAUCGGCGGCAGUGUGGUUGCACAACCCAAAUGGAGGCUGGGUCAAAUAGUGGAGCGAUGCAUGUGCACCAUGCAGACCGGCACCCAGAUGACCAAACUUAAGGGGAAGAAGAAAGGGCUGGUCCGGUUCUUCUUCCUGGACGAGCACAAGUCCUGCAUCCGGUGGCGGCCUUCCAAAAAGCACGACAAGGCCAAAAUAUCCAUCGAUUCCAUCCAUGAGGUCUGUGAGGGGAAGAAAUCUGAGAUCUUCCGGCGUUACGCAGAAAACCGUUUCGACCCAAACUGCUGCUUCAGUAUUUACUUUGGGGAUCGAGUCAAGUCCCUGGACCUGGUCUCCAAUAAUGCAGAAGAGGUGCGCACCUGGAUCCAGGGGCUCAAGUACCUGAUGGCCGGGAUCAGCGAUGAAGACAGUCUGGCCCGCAGACAGCGCACCCGGGAUCAAUGGCUGCAGCAGACCUUCUCUGAGGCUGACAAAAAUGGAGACGGCACCUUGAGCAUUGGGGAAGUUCACCAGCUGCUCCAUAAGCUUAAUGUCAAUCUACCCAAGCAGAAAGUCAAGGACAUGUUUCAAGAAGCAGACACAGAUGAGAUCCAGGGCUCUCUGGGCUUCGAUGAAUUUUGCUCUUUCUACAAGAUGAUUUCCACACGCAGAGAUCUUUACCUGCUCAUGAUCUCCUACAGCAACCAGAAAGAAGUUCUGGAUCUGCACGACCUCGCGCGGUUUCUGGAAAACGAACAAAAGAUGCGCGGCCUGAGCAGAGAGCAUUUAUUCGACAUUGUGGCCAAGUUUGAGCCGUGUCCUGGGAACCUCCAGCAUACGGUGUUGGGUAUUGACGGUUUCACCAACUACAUGCGAAGUCCUGCAGGCGACAUCUUUAACCCCGAGCACAAUCAGGUGAACCAGGACAUGACGCAGCCUCUCACUAAUUACUUUAUUGCCACGUCGCACAACACCUACCUGACUGGAGACCAGCUGCUGUCCCAGUCCAGGGUGGAAAUGUACGCCUAUGUUCUGCAGGCGGGCUGCCGCUGCGUGGAGGUGGACUGCUGGGACGGGCCGGAUGGUGAACCCAUCAUUCAUCACGGCUACACUUUGACAUCCAAAAUUCUCUUCAAAGACGUUGUUGAAACGAUUAACAAAUAUGCCUUCACUAAGUCACCGUACCCCGUUAUCCUCUCCAUAGAGAACCACUGCACUGUGCCACAGCAGAAAAAAAUGGCAGAAUACCUGAGAGAGGUGCUGCAGGACAAACUGGACCUGACCAACGUCAGCGCGCAGGAAUGCAAGAAGCUGCCUUCACCUGAGGUUCUGAAAGGGAAGAUUUUAAUCAAGGGAAAGAAACUGCCAGCAAACCUUGACCCUGAUGCAGAGGAGGGAGACGUAUCUGAUGAAGACACAGGGAACGAGGAGGAGGAAGAUGAUGAUGAUGAUGAUAGUGACAACGACUUACAGCCUGGGAACGGUGGAGAAUCAACUAAUCAGCCCAAAAAGAAGAGGCGGUUUGGCAGAUCAAUCAUAAGAAGCUUCAAAAGAAAGAGAAAAAAGAAAAUACGUGUAAAGAGCAAGGCUAUGUCUGACGGUGAAUCAGACCACAGCAGUAGCCGAGACAGAACCCAAAUUGUUUACCAUCCUAAAAAAAGGAAAACCAUGAGACUCUCCAGAGCUUUGUCUGACCUGGUCAAGUACACUAAAUCUGUCCGAGUGCAUGAAAUAGAAACACAAGGAUUUCUGAGCAGCUGGCAGGUGUCAUCUCUUAACGAGACUGUAAUGAACCAGAUUUUACAGCUGAAACCCGGCGAGCUGGUGCGUUUCAACCAGCGCCAGCUUAUCAGAGUCUAUCCGUCGAACUUCAGAGUGGACUCGAGCAACUUUAACCCGCAGCCAUAUUGGAAUACUGGAUGCCAUAUGGUUGCAAUGAAUUACCAAACAGAAGGCCGAAUGCUUGAACUGAACCGAGCCAAGUUUUCAAGCAAUGGAAACUGUGGAUAUAUUCUGAAGCCUAAGUGCAUGUGUAAAGCUGCCUUUAACCCGAUGACAGAGGAUCCAUUGCCAGGACACAGAAAAACUCAGCUGGUGCUAAAGAUCAUCAGUGGGCAGCAACUUCCCAAACCCAAAGACUCAAUGUUUGGAGACAGAGGAGAAAUAAUCGAUCCCUUUGUUGAAGUCGAGAUCAUCGGUCUGCCUGUCGAUUGCUCCAAGCAGCAAACCAGAGUGGUUGAUGACAACGGCUUCAAUCCGAUGUGGGAGGAGACCCUGGUUUUCAGCAUCCUGAUGCCUCAGAUCGCCCUGGUGAGGUUCCAGGUCUGGGAUCAUGAUCCUAUUGGACGGGAUUUCAUUGGCCAGAGGACGGUGGCUUUCACCAGCAUGAUGCCAGGUUAUCGGCACGUCUACCUGGAGGGAAUGGCAGAGUCGUCCAUUUUUGUUCAUGUUGGCAUUAAUGACAUGACAGGAAAGAUCAAGCCUGCUCAUGCCAUGCACGCAGCUAGAAAACACAUCCAGAAAGCAGCUCAGAAGCACAUGAGGGGCCAUCAAAGACACCCUUCUGUUGACGUCUCUGUCCAGUCCUCCGAAGAUGGACGUGCUCUGUUUUUCAACCGGGAUCUGGACACCAUGUCUCAGGACAGCAGAAAUGGAGAAAUGUCUCCGGUGGUGAAAGGCCCAGCGGCUAAAGCUGCCUUCCACAGGGGGAUGAUGAGCGAGCCUGUGAGGCGAGCGCACCGGGUGAAGAUCCACGAGCCUCCAGAGACACGGCGAGGCUUCUUCAGCCGGAUGUCCUCCACCGACUCUCACAACAGCAGCGGGGCGGCACCCUGCGUGAAGGAGGAGAGCUUUGACCUGGACACCCCGUCGCAGGUCUCUCUGGCGGAGAGUCUUGGGCCUGAUGGCCAACCUCAAGCUGAUCGAAGGGACUCUGAGAAUGAAUCUGUGCUGCAAAGCUGCGCUGAGCAGUACGCAGUGAGGAGGUUUGAACCGGAGCACCCUGAGCUGCCAGAGGAGCAGGAACCAGAGGAGGACAGUGAGGUUUUCAUUGAACCUAAACACCAUCCAGAACCUCAACCUUACUCUGCCCCAGAGUCUCACACUCUGCCACCGCCUGAAGCCAAACUCUCUAAACUCAUCCCUCCAUCGUCCCCCGCCAGGGUCAGACGCACCUUAGAGGCGCCAGCGUCCAAUCGGCCGUCAACCCCGAUACGAACCAAAACCCGCUCACACAGCUGCCCCAGAAAACAGACCUGUUCCCCCCAGACGCCGGCUGUGACCCGGAAGCCUGCCUUCCUCUGGCAGCAAGAGCAGAGCCAGGUGAGGCGCAUUCCCAACGGCCUCUGCCUGUCCGGCAGCUCAUCCAGCAACAGCGGGGGCAGCACCGACAGCCUGGAGUUUCUGCCCAGCCGCCCGCCGCCGGCCGGGUCAGAACAGCGAGAGGGGACGCUGCAGAGGGAGAUGAAGGCGCUGUUCGACCAGAGGAUGAAGGAGAUUCGCUGUAAAUCGCCGCUCUUCUUUGACGAUCACGACUCUGACUGAAGAAAACACAGACAUCAACGUUCACGACAAGAAGGAACAAAUGGAGGAAAGAAGAAAAGCAGGAAGCCUGAGCAAAAAUACAAACUUGUAUUUUUCUAGUGUAGCUGGACUGUUUGCAGUAAUGAACUUUUUAUUGUGAGACAUUGUUUGUGAAAAGAAACUGCUGAAAUCAAAUGAUGCUGCUGCCAACUGUACAGAAAUGCUUGCAAACUGUUAAGUUAGUAGUCAAGCUUUAUAUGCAAGUUGUAUUUUCAGAUUGUAAAUGUUAACUUGGACUAAAAGUUAUUUUUUUGUAAAAACCAA